AUGAAGUGCCUACUUCUAACAUCGGCUCUGCUCGUCGUAUACUUGAUGGUUCACUCAUCCCAUGCACAAAUAAGACCUAUAUCGCCUUGGGAUGGUAGUUUCGGAACCGGUGGCGAUGGCACUGAUGGAACAGGGACCGGAGAUCAGGGCGACCAAUCCCAAGGCGAUAGUGUUGAUGACGAUAAAGGUAUAAUUGUAGCAACGGCACGAAUCUCGAACAUCGAUUACGCUGAGGAUCCUAAUUAUGAAGAUUACAAAGGACAAGCGGAACAGGCUAUUGAAGAAAGUGAGAAGGUGGAGAAGACCAACGUGAACCCACCUCGGACACGUGCUGACAAUGCGGCGGAUGAAUCCGUCGGUGGUGAUUUUCCAGCAGAAAUAACAGCAUUGAACAACGAGCUUGUCACCAAACCAGAAGAAUUGGUUGACAACGAUGCCGAUUUAACUGUGUCGGGUAAAAGUAGAUCGGCUGAUAAGAUCGACAGCCCUGCUACCGCCCCUGAAGAUUCAACUGAUGACGCUUUGAUGGUUGGACUAUCCGAAGAGUACACCAAGAAGUUUUGGUAUUACCCUCCUGCCCCCGUCCGAUGCGCGGGCCAGCUCUUCGAUCCGCUCCGCUAUUUCUGCUGCAAUGGUAAACUGCACUGGAAGAACUUCUACUAUAAGUAUAUCAAAUAUAACAACAUGCCGUACGCCGACGCUUGCUGUAGCGGUGUACCUUUUAACUCCCAGGUAAAGAUUUGCUGCAAUGACAAGUUGUUUUACAUCGGCGAGAUUGGGCAGCCAGGUCACAUCGGUUGCUGUGCCGAUCAAGCCUACAACAAACGCAAACAGCUAUGUUGCAAUAAGAUGCUGUUCGACAACGACCAAACCUUGAAGUGCUGCGGGUACGAAGUAUACAGAGAGCGAGACGCCCUCUGCUGUAAGGGAGUAAUCGUGCCGCGUCGAGGAAAUCAAGCGAUUGAAUGCUGCGGUAGUAACUCGUAUAACCCCGCUAGUCAGCGAUGUUGCAACGGAAACCCCCUGAAACGAAAUAAUAAUGAAAGGUGCAUCGGGGGUGCGGUGUAUGACGCAAACACUCAAAUAAGUUGCGGUGGCAAAAUUUACUCAAAACGACGGUAUAACUCUUGUACACCAGGAGUCUCCGGCAAUCGACCGUAUCGCAGCCCAGACCAAAUGAACUGCGGUGGUAAAGUCUAUUCUAGAAUAUUCGGCCAGACAGUCGGGGAUCGUGGAACAGGUUGCUGUAGUUGCUACAUGAACGGCAAAUUCGUCUCUAAAAUCUUCAAUCUUCGCACACAGAGAUGUUGUGGCUGUAAAGUUUACAAUAUCCCAAGUCCCACAUACACAUCCUGCUCGUGUCAUUACCUCUACUAUUACUUCAACAGAAUAUAUCCGUACUUCCCGUAUUACUACUACUACCCACGACCCUACUAUUACCACCAUGUAUACCCCACAUGUCGACUAAUGGAUCCGAACGCUCAUUCUACCUGCAACGGAAACAUUUUCCCCAAGUUCAAAAGCUACCAGAAGUGCUGCAACAAAGCCCGAUAUGAUGAGAGAUUUCAAAUAUGUUGUAGCGGCCAAGUUCGACAACGAGCGAGCCAGUACACGACGUGCUGUGGAACUGAGACUUAUAAUUACAAAGAACACACCUGCUGCUUUAACCAUGUUUUGAAGAUCAUAGAUGGCAAGAACAAGUGUUGUGGCUUUGAGAUGUACAAUAGAAACACCCAUAGCUGCUGCAAAGGCCUUGUGGUGAAGGGAGGUACCAAUCAUUUAUGUUGUGGUAACAAAGCAUGGAACGGCGCAUCAUAUGGUUGCUGUGAAGGCAAGCCGUUUUAUAAGCCGAAGUACAGUUGUUGCAACGGGGUGGUAGCUACAGGCGGCGGGUCUAGGAGAAGGUGUUGCGGUACAAAGACUAUUGAUAGAUACACUCAAACAUGCUGUGGUCUGACUACACCCCACGCUAACCUCCAAUACCCCGCCGUGAUAUCAUGUUGCGGAACCAGUUCAUUCGACAGUACGACGGCGGUCUGUUGCCACGAUACCGAAACUAUUCAUCAAAAACCAAGAGGAGAUACUGGAAGCUACCAAUGCUGCUACAACACCAUUUAUAAGUCCGGAAGAGGCAAGAAGUGCUGUAGAGGCGAAAUUGUCUCGACGAGUUAUACUUGCCCAGUUUAUUAA